CGUGAAGGUUGGUGGUACAGACCAGAGUACAUAAUCAACGAGUUGAAUAUAAACUCAGUGAUAACGACUCCGUGUCACGACGAGAUUUUGCCCAUCAACUCAUGGACAACGCAGAGGCCUUACGUAGUCAGAGGCUACGCUUAUUCUGGUGGUGGGAGGAAAGUGACACGUGUGGAGGUAACACUGGAUGGUGGAGAAACGUGGCACGUGUGCACACUGGACCAUCCUGAGAAACCUAACAAAUAUGGGAAGUAUUGGUGCUGGUGCUUCUGGUCUUUGGAGGUGGAGGUGUUGGACCUGCUGGGGACCAAAGAGAUUGCAGUUCGAGCUUGGGAUGAAGGUCUCAACACGCAGCCAGAAAACCUAAUUUGGAAUCUUAUGGGAAUGAUGAACAACUGUUGGUUCAGAGUGAAGACAAAUGUGUGCAAGCCCCACAAGGGUGAGAUUGGAAUGGUGUUCGAACACCCAACCCAACCAGGGAACCAACCUGGUGGAUGGAUGGCCAAGGAAAAGCACUUGGAGACAUCACAAGACACCAAACCAAGCCUCAAAAAGAGUGUGUCUUCGCCAUUCAUGAACACCAAUUCAAAAAUGUUCUCCAUCUCCGAAGUUAAAAAACAUAGCAUCCCUGACUCCGCUUGGAUAAUCGUCCACGGUCACGUCUACGACUGCACUCGCUUCCUCAAAGAUCACCCUGGUGGCACCGACAGCAUCCUCAUCAAUGCCGGCACUGACUGCACCGAAGAGUUUGACGCCAUCCACUCUGACAAAGCAAAGAAGAUGCUCGAAGAUUAUCGAAUUGGCGAGCUCAUCACUACAGGUUACACUUCAGACUCAUCGCCGAACAACUCCGUGCAUGGCAAUUCAGAAUUCACCCAUUUGGCUCCCAUCAAGGAAAUCACCACAAAACCACCACUACCACCACGUAGUGUGGCUCUCAACCCACGUGAGAAAAUCCCAUGCAAACUCGUGUCAAAGACCUCCAUUUCCCACGACGUGAGGCUUUUCCGUUUCGCACUGCCCUAAGAGAACCAACUCGUGGGUUUACCAGUGGGUAAGCAUAUUUUCUUGUGCGCCACCAUAGAUGGAAAGCUAUGCAUGCGAGCCUACACUCCGACAAGUGGCGUGGAUGAAGUGGGGUUCUUCGAUUUGCUCGUCAAGGUUUACUUCAAAGGAGUGCACCCCAAGUUCCCGAACGGAGGACUUAUGUCACAGCAUUUGGAGUCUCUCUCCAUUGGGUCCAUGUUGGACGUGAAGGGUCCAGUGGGUCACAUAGAGUACACCGGCAGAGGCAACUUCACGGUUCAUGGGAAACCUAGAUCCGCAAAGAGGUUAGCCAUGCUGGCUGGUGGAACCGGGAUCACACCAAUCUACCAAGUGGCGCAAGCGAUUCUGAAAGACCCAGAGGACCUCACCGAAAUGCAUGUGGUGUAUGCAAACCGCACAGAGGAUGACAUUCUUCUGAGGGAGGAGUUGGAUGCAUGGGCGAAGGAACACAGUGAGCGGUUCAGGGUGUGGUACGUUGUGGAAACCGCGAAGGAAGGGUGGGAAUACAGUGUGGGAUUCAUCACAGAAACUAUCAUGAGGGAGCAUCUUCCAGAAGCUUCAAGGGAUUCCUUGGCUUUGACUUGUGGACCACCACCCAUGAUUCAGUUCGCGGUGCAGCCCAACUUGGAGAAGAUGGGGUACGAUAUCAAGAAUGAUUUGCUCGUGUUUUAGGGUUUCAAGAAGUAGAUUACUGGACUAUGUUGUGUAUGAGUAUUGCUAGUGUUGCUUCUGUAGAUGGACGUUCGUGGACUAUUGUUUGUCUCAUUCUUUGUAAGUCAAGUACAUGAAAAACUGUAUAUGAUUUGCCAUGAUCACUAUGUAAUGUAGAUAGGUAUGCCAAGAUAUUUUGACUACCUUAGUGUAUAUAAAUUCAAGUUAUGCAUGCU